UUACAUUCUAUCAUUCUACCACCCACAAGAAACAGUUGACUGGGCACAUAUUUCUCCAGUUUGGCCACGAUGCCAACCCCUGGCCUCUUUCAAGUCCAUCCAAUGGUCCCCAAACAACUACAGAUAGACCUACAGAUACCUAUAGUCGCCUAAGGAAUGCAGCCAUGUCCCACAGUAGCGAUGCCAUAGUUGUAGGGCCACAUUUUACAUGCACGCGUAACUACCAUCCCGCACCAUCCUUGAUUGCAAAUGACGUGCCCCCACCAAUCUGAAAAAUUUUCGUAGGAAAAUUUUUUUCUAUACAUAAAGGGACCGCUCGCAUUAACUUUUCAACACCAUCAAGCACCCUCCAAAAUGCCUUUCCAAAAAGUUUUGAAGACCUCUUCCUACCACUCCCGUUUCCAAACUCCUUUCCGUAGAAGACAAGAAGGUAAGACCGACUACUACCAAAGAAAGAGAUUGGUCACUCAACACAAGGCUAAGUACAACACCCCAAAGUACAGAUUGGUCGUUAGAAUCACCAACAGAGACAUCAUUGCCCAAAUCGUUUCUUCCCAAAUCACCGGUGAUGUUGUUUUGACUGCUGCUUACUCCCACGAAUUGCCAAAGUUCGGUAUUGAGCACGGUUUGACUAACUGGUCUGCUGCUUACGCUACCGGUUUGUUGGUUGCCAGAAGAGCCUUGCAAAAGUUGGGCUUGGACGAAACCUACCAAGGUGUUGAAGAAGUCGAAGGUGAAUUCGAAUUGACCCAAGCCGUUGAAGAAGGCCCAAGACCAUUCAAGGUCUUCUUGGACAUUGGUUUGCAAAGAACCACCACUGGUGCCAGAAUCUUCGGUGUCUUGAAGGGUGCUUCCGACGGUGGUUUGUACGUCCCACACUCUCCAAACAGAUUCCCAGGUUGGGACAUCGAAUCCGAAGAGUUGGACGCUGAAUUGUUGAGAAAGUACAUCUUCGGUGGUCACGUUGCUGAAUACAUUGAAGAAUUGAUGGAUGACGAUGAAGAAAAGUACAAGACCUUGUUCAAGGGUUACAUUGCUGACGAAAUCGAAUCCGAAGACAUUGAAGAACUCUACACUGAAGCUCACGCCAAGAUCAGAGAAAACCCAGUCUUCAAGCCAACUGAAAAGAAGUUCACCAAGGAACAAUACGCUGCUGAAUCCAAGAAGUACAGACAAGUUAAGUUGACCAAGGAACAAAGAGACGCUAAGAUCGCCAAGAAGAUUGCUGAAUUCCAAGCUGCUCAAUAA